CCAGGACUACAUCCAGAGUCCCCGGUUCAAAAAUUAGCAUAUGAAAGAAACUAAUAACAGUGAAAGAGCUUAGAACUCACCACCAAAGGCCACAUGUAUGGGACAGAGCACCCAUGUCAGAAGAGUCCUGGUAUACACAUACUGGAAAAGGCAUUUCCAAGUGGCUAGAGAACCUCAGAUUCUACAGGGACUGGAAGGGGACAGAAACUAAGCUUCAGCAUGUGGGGAAAACCUGGAGUCUUGCUAAGAUGGGGCUGGUUAGCCUCCACCCUCUUCAGCGAGCCAGGUUCUGCAGGACAGAGGAAGUUGCAGAACAUCAUUGACUGCCUACCUGAGCCUGAGCACUGCCUGAUACCAUCAGUCUCUGGGCUGGACUAAAGAAGCUGGGUUCAUCAGGACUGGAAAACUAGAGAAAUCAGACAUUCGCUUCUGUCCUUUCUACUUGUAGGGGGCCAUGACCAGUGCAGAAUCCUUGUUGUUCACAUCACUAGAUCCCAGCCCAAGUUCUGAAGAUGGUGAUUGUAGGUUUAAUGAGGAGUUCAAGUUCAUCCUGUUGCCUGUGAGCUAUGCAGUUGUCUUUGUGCUGGGCUUGGCCCUCAAUGCCCCAACCCUCUGGCUGUUCCUCUUCCGCCUUCGACCCUGGGAUGCAACAGCCACUUACAUGUUCCAUUUGGCAUUGUCAGACACCUUGUAUGUGCUGUCACUGCCCACCCUCGUCUACUACUAUGCUGCCAGAAACCACUGGCCCUUUGGCACUGGCUUCUGCAAGUUCGUUCGCUUUCUCUUCUAUUGGAACCUCUACUGCAGUGUCCUUUUCCUCACCUGCAUCAGUGUGCACCGCUACCUGGGCAUCUGCCACCCACUGCGGGCAAUACGCUGGGGCCGCCCUCGAUUUGCAGGCCUUCUCUGCCUAGCUGUUUGGUUGGUAGUAGCUGGCUGCCUCGUGCCCAACCUCUUCUUUGUGACAACCAAUGCCAAUGGAACCACCAUCCUGUGCCAUGACACUACUCUGCCAGAGGAGUUUGACCACUAUGUAUACUUCAGUUCGGUGGUCAUGGUGUUGCUCUUUGGCUUGCCCUUCUUGAUCAUUCUGGUCUGCUAUGGACUCAUGGCCCGGCGACUGUAUCGGCCUUUGCCAGGAGCUGGACAGUCAUCUUCUCGGCUUCGUUCUCUCCGCACCAUUGCUGUGGUGCUGACUGUCUUCGCUGUCUGCUUUGUGCCAUUCCACAUCACCCGAACAAUUUAUUACAUGGCAAGGCUGUUGAAAGCUGACUGCCGGGUGCUGAACAUUGUCAAUGUGGUUUACAAAGUGACUCGUCCCCUGGCCAGUGCUAAUAGCUGUCUUGAUCCAGUGCUCUAUCUGUUCAAUGGGGACAAAUAUAGAAACCAGCUCCGACAGCUAUGCAGAGGUAGCACACCCAAGUCCCGAACAACUGCCUCCUCCCUGGCAUUGGUGACCCUGAAUGAAGAAAGCAUCAGCAGGUGGGCGGACACCCACCAAGACAGCAUCUUCCCUGCUUAUGAGGGAGACCGAUUGUAACCUGGGCACUGGAUAAGACAGGAAGGGGACUAACUACAGGGCAGAGGGGGAGGGAACUUGUUUGUGACACUUGAUAGGGACAUCAGCUGUCCUUCUUUUAGCCAAAGUUUGAAGUAGUUACUCCUCUGCCUCUACUUCUUUCUCCUUUUCUGUCCCUACCUGGGGCCACCAUUCCUGUUUCUAGAACCUCAGUACUCUUUGCCCAUUCUGCUUCCCCCAGGUCCUUCCGGAGCAUGCAUUUCUCUAACCAGAGUAGAGAAUUCAACUAGAGGGGUAAAGAGUGGAGCAAUCUCAAGACAGGACUGAUGUAUAUAAUUGAACAAGCCAGAAUCAGGAAGCUGGGGUGCUAGCAUAGCACAGAUACCAUAUAACCCACACGUAGCAUCCACACCCAUUUCCUGGCUCCCUCUCACAGACAAGAUAGUCCUACCUGCCAAGGUGCCGAAAUAGGAUACAGGGCCUGUGAGCCUGCCUUGCAGAGCUCCACAUAUCAGCUCGAAGCCUGGUGUUGUUGAACUGCUGAACAGCUAUGAAACAGAAUACUGCUCUUGAGUGCUCCUGAGGAACCUCAGGAGGCAGGGUCCAGGUUGAUAGGAGCCUUGGAAACAGGAAUGAGAUUCCACCUACCUCUAGGACUGCAGAGAAGACACUUGAUAGCUCCCACAUGUUUAAUAAGAGGAGGAGUGGACAGCUCUGACUGAGGAGAAAAAACCUCUAGAGCUCAUGGCUCCAAGUUCUAGUACUGAUAAGCAAAGCAGGUUUGUGCACGAUAGGGUGGUGACAGGAGUAGACGCCCAGAACUGGCUCUUCACUGCUCUCUCCUCUUUCUCUAGCUCUAGCUAGAUAAAGGAUAAACCUGUCACCAGCUCUUUUUGAAUUAGGCUAUAGGAUUUCAAGGCCAGGGUGGGGCACUCAGUUUCCCACCUGUUCAGUCCUCUUGCCACAGCACUUAUGGGUUUGAAGGAUCUGGUGUGUAUAUGGAAUGGAGGAAGCUAAACCCUGAGCUCGACAAGUAAGAGUUUCUGGGCGAGCAUUCAUGAGAAGGCAAUCUUUUUUCAGCCUUGUUUCCUGUGAAGUCACCUGAUAGCCUAUUGGUCUUCUGAGUCAGACCCCAGCCUUUGCUGCCCUCUAUGAUCUCUUACUCUUCUACACACACCAAAUUCUUAUUGGCUUCAGUUGUUCUCUCUGCCUGGAGAGUAGGGGAGGGAGGUACUAGGUUACAGAAUAAAAUAACUAAAUCGUAAUGCCCCUCUGCCUUCCUUUUUGUUCUUUGAAUAGAUCUCUCUCCCUUUGAGCACAAGAGUUCUUCUAUUAGGAGUAAAUGAAGUGGCCUUUUUUUAUUCUUACCAGGUUUACAGUCUCCUUGCCUGUCACCACUUCUACCCAUAGGUCCCACAUGGUAGCAUUAUUCUCUUCAUUACAACUCAUUCAAGCUCCUCCAUCAUUAGGCCCUAUAACUCCAAGCUGCUUAGUCAAGACUAACUUCCUGGAUUUAUACUCUGUUAUUUUAUCCUCCCCUGUCUCUCCCCCAAGAUCUCACUGUGUACUGCUGUCUAGACUAGAAUUAGCUACAGAGACCUGGAUGGCCUUGAACUCUUAGAGAUCCAUCUGCUUUUUUUUCUUCCCGAUUCAGCAGGCUGGGUAAAUACCUCAAUGUCUUUGUGCUUCAUUCAUCUGUGUAGAUGUCCUGCUUUGUCUUUAUCACUUUCGUCCCCAUGUCCCCUUAAUGAGGGGCCUUGUUCCUUUAUUCCUUUGUCUUCAUCUUUGUCAGUUACUUUCAUCACUGAUUUUAUACCAGCAUUUAAAAAAAGACACAACCUUGCUGUCUCAUCUUGCCAUCAUUCUGUUAGUAUCUCCUUAUUUCACUACUGCUAUAAACCCCACUUACAGAAUCCCUCUGAACUCUCCAAAUCCUAGUUCCUCCCACUCUCCUUCACUUAGAACACAAAUUACAUCUUUGGCAAGAACUUCAAUAUUUUCUCUACUCUUAUUCCUCUUUGCCCUCCCUACUUCACUUGACUCUACUGGAUGUCUUUUUAUAGG